AUGGGGUUCUCUCUGUAGUCUCUUUGAAUCAGCUGUAGCUUCUUGUGAAGUUCUCAAUGACGUUUUGAUGAAGACUGGAUCCUUCGAUUGCCUGCUUGCGCCCAGUGAAAAAGAAGAGAUCUCUGUCGCCGCGAAGUUCUACAGAGUGAUUCUAGAUCUCAUGACACUUUUGCAAAGCUCUAAGAAACCAUCGAUAAACAUGGUUGUCCUCGGAAUUAUUGACAUCGAAAGCACCUUACGCGAGCUCGAAGACGAUAUCACUGCUUCUGAGGAUGAUACAACUACGGAGUUCCGGAAAGCGCUUGCGGAGACUCUCUUGCAAUGUGUUCAGGGAAGAAUGAGACCUUUCGGCAGGAUGGAAAUCUUAGGCGCCCUCCUGGACCCCGAGAUGAAAGACAUCUCGAAGGUCAGGGCAGAAGUCCCCGGCGGGAAUCCCGCUCGUUUCCUCCUCGACGCCGUACUCGAAUAUACAAGCUUACCCGUAGCGGAAGAGGCGGUUCAAGUGAUCGAGCCACCACCGACCCAGAAACCGAGGUAUUCAUUGACAGCAAAGUACGGGUCCUUGUGUGACCCAUUCGAGAACAUGGCCAAUCAAGUUGAUCGUUAUCUCGCCAGCCCCGUUAGAUUGAGUGGGAGCUGCGGCCCUGACGAUCGCGAUGAGGUACUGAAGUGGUGGUCCCAAAAUGAGUCGACCUUUCCCGCUGUCGCUAACUUGGCGCGGAUUAUCUUGUCGAUCCCCGCCACCUCAGCGGAACCGGAAAGACGUUUUUCGAUCGCUGGGAAUCUCUUGCGCGAGAAACGAUGCUCGAUGAACCCGAUUACCGCAACAAGAGUUCUAUUCGUACAUGACAAUAAAGAAUUUCUAUGA